AUGAGUUGGUUCAAGCGUGGAAGUGAACGGAGAUCUCCAGAAUCUGCUGAUCAAGGCCAGAGUGACACAGAUCCAAACACUUGCUUGGAGGUCUUUCAGAAUCACUGGAAACAGGCAUGGACGGUUAUUGCCUGUCAGGACAAGAAGACCACCACCAACACUGGGCAGGCAACAGGAGAUGGUGUGGAGACUGUCCUGAAGAACCUGGAACAGAUGGUCACACUGCUGGCCAAUGAGGACGAUGAUGGAGGUCUUCCAG